GGAGCAGUUUCCUCGGCGGGUUUGGGCAGGAUGUACACGUUCGUGAACAGGGACGAGAGCAGCAGCGUGUACGGCGCCGUAGCGGAGCUGCUGGUGGCUCGGGGGGACUGGCGAGGGCUGCCGAGGGACUCGGCACGGUUCCACCUCAUGCUGGGCGAGAGGAACAAGCUGCCGUUCGGCCGGCUGGGCCACGAGCCAGGUCUUGUCCAGCUGGUGAACUACUACCGAGGGUCUGGCAGCAUCUGCAGGAAGACUUCCAUGGUCAAGACAGUUCAGAGUUACUGUGCGGCUGCCGGCUCCGACCCGUUCCUCUGGAUGCCUCCAUCCUUCGUCGUCUGUCCCACCAGGUUCCUGGCAGAGGAUGAUGGGAAGGCUGCUAGGGGCAGGCUGGGAUUGAAGUUGAAGCGGAAGGACGAGAGAAGCGAGUUCCGGACAGCAGCUGCCGACGGGAACGGGAAGGGUGGAGUCUGGAUUGCUAAGGCCUCUGCUGGCGCUAAAGGUGAGGAUAUCCUGAUCUCGUCAGACUGUGAUGCGCUGCUGGAGUUUGUAGAUGGAGGAAAACAGUCCCAUGUCCUACAGAAGUACAUCGAGAAUCCGCUGCUGCUCACCGGGAACAGGAAGUUUGACAUGAGGAUGUGGGUGCUGCUUGACCAGCAGUACAACAUCUGGCUGUUCAAGGAGGGAGUCCUCAGGACCUCGUCUGACCCCUACAACCCCAACGACCUUCAGGACCUGACGAGCCACCUGACAAAUCACUGCUUACAGGAAGCCCACUCUGCAAACUAUGGCAAAUAUGAGGAGGGCAACGAGAUGUUCUUUCAAGAGUUCAACAGGUUUCUUGAGACUGAACAUGACACCACCUUAGAAUCUGCAGUCCUGCCUCAAGUCCGGACCAUCAUCAGGCACUGCUUAGAGGCGAUCAGGGAGAACAUCAGCACCGCUGGGCUAGACUACUGCAGCUUCCAGCUGUUUGGGUUUGAUUUCAUGCUGGACAGUCAGCUGAAGGUGUGGCUCAUCGAGGUCAACGGGGCUCCAGCCUGCGCCAGGAAGCUUCUUCCUGACCUUGCUGCUGGCAUUGUGGCCAUCGCAGUCAACCCCCUGUUCCCCCCCACAACUGAGGGAGAAGUGGAACGGUCCAGCACGGCUGGAGAUAUCAGGGAUGUGUUCGAGAAGUUGUGACUGUGAUGCUUCUGUCUGGGGCAAGUUUAACAUGGAAAACAUAUCAGCUAGUGAAGUUUAACAUGACAUUGUGUUAAACUGGGGGAAACAUAUCAGCUAGCAAAGUGUAACAUCUGCGAAACUGAGGGGAAACAUAUCAGCUAGGGAAGGGUGUUUUAAAAAUAGGUGGAUCCAAAAGAUACAACAAGGGAACGUGGCUUGGGCAGGUUGUUUCUAUAGACACAAAGGUGCUAGAAACUGUUAACCUGCCUGGGGUUUCCUUACAUGCCCAACUAGUGAGGAAACUUUGGUGUUCAGGUCCCACUCUCAUAGGGCAUAACAAAGCAGGUGCAGAGUCAGACUUGUGCAGGUUGUUUCUAUAGACCAUUGAAGGAGGAUAAGAUAAGACUUUUAAAGACAAGGAAUUUGCUGGAAACUCUGAACCUGCCCAGAGUUUCCUUACGUACCCACUUAGUAAGGGUACUGCUCUGCAGCAGACUUGAUGAUGACUGUGAUAUCAAUGUCAUAAUAAUAUCAAGGUUUAAGAUGAAAGAAAUAAGCCAGAAACCCUAGGCCUUGCCAUAUAUAGAAUAGGAGGGAUAUAGUUAAAACAUAUCUAAAAGGUAUCAAAACUAGCUCAUUAUAACAUCUGUUCUAAGAACAGAAUUGUGCCUUGGCUGCAGGUUAACUAGAUUUGUCUGUUUUAAUAUUAAUGACUUUGUGUAUAUCUCAGAAAAUUUGUGAAAGUCUUUUUAGCACCUUAUCAGUGAGUUUUGUAGGCUCAAAAGUAUAUGUAGUUUUAGCUUAAAAUGUAUGAAUUUUUAUUGCAAAAGUUGUCAUAUUUUAUACAUACAAAAUAUAUUUUUGUUUGCUUUUAUUGUAUGAGAUGAAACAUGGCUCUCUGGUUAGGUCCAUGUUUGGUGACUUGCAUGACUUGCACUCUGCCAAGUUACAGGCAACAAAUUUUGAUACUAUGCAUGUCAGAAUGCACAUCUGAAUUCAGUGCUAUCAUGAAAAAUGCAACCAAUUAUAUAUAGAGAUAAUUCCAAAUAAAGACAUAAACACACGACUCACGUCUGUCAUUUUUAUUACCACAAAACAGAAGCUCGAUGUUGCAUUACUGGUACACACGCUCUUGCACAUACAUGUACAUUUUGUAGGUGUUCUCUGGUGUGUACAUUUCUCUGCACUAUAACACAAGGCCUUGGCAACCCAAAACUGCUACAUUUCUGUUACAGACUUGUAGUACAUGCACGCAGUCUGAGGAUCACUGGGAGAUUUGUCAUGGAUCACAGAUCAUACACUACAUGUACUUCAGCAUCUACAAUAUGUUAUGAGAUCACUAUUCACCUGUGACAUGUCUUGCAAGAACAUGUUAUUAGGAAAUGUUGAUAUGUCUUGAAAGGAAGCUGAUAUGUCUUGUCAGACAGCUGUCUUGCAAGGAACGUCUGAAUAACAUUACUUUUGGUUGACAGGAUGACUGUCCCUGCCAACUCAGGAUUACAACAAAACACUGACACACAUGAGCAACACACUGUAUCUGUAUCUAUAUAGCCGGUAUAACCGCCCUUCAGCGUAACACACCAACUUCGCAGCGCGGCAGCAGCUGGUUAUGUCACACCGAAGGACCCGUCACACCUAACGCCACACCUGAACUAACAUGAGAUGCAACAGUUUUAUGCAUACCUGCAGAAUUCUAUGGUACCAUCACUGCAUCUACAUUGCACUUCAGUCAGCAUUACGGCAACAUAAAUCUUUAACAUCUCAGUUUUAAAUCUCAUAAAUACAACAAUUAUCACAUCAGGAUAUUGCUUCCUUUUAUCUUAUCUUAUACAUCUGAUAUUAUAGUGGUCAAAUUUUUACAUCCCUUUUCAAAAAUAUACAGUCAGAACCACAUCCUGUUGAAGCCAUUGCUUAUAUUCAUUUGACCAUUGGAAGAAUUGUAAUGGCUACAUCUAUUUCUUUAUAUGGAGAAGUUCAUACCACGAAGUAUUUGUUAUUAAUGUAUUCAAUUGGCUACAAUUAUAUUUUUGCAACCUCUAAGCACCUGCAAAUAGGAAUAGUUCCACGUUGCCAUGUGAUGGCUUUUGACAGCUUUUCCUGCUCUAACUAAAAGGCAUGCUUUGGAACUUGGAAGAACCAGGAUAAGGCCUGAACCCCCAGGGCUCGAAAUUUGAAUAAAUUGUGA